AUGGUUCUCGCCGUUGAAGACUUCCCCCAGAUGUGGCAGCGCCCCAGCUACACCGAGCUGGUCGAUAUCCUCCAGAGCCUCGAGCUCAGCCCGCCCAUCUGGAACCACAAGCGCCGCCGCUCCGACAUCGCCGCCGAGCAGGAGUCCCUCGCCAGCCAGCGCAAGGGUGAGGUCACGCGCUAUCUCUCCUCCAUCAUCAAGAGUCAACUCGUCUGGAUCGAGGAUGACGACGAGAAGGAGGCUUUGUGGACGCAGGCUAGCAAGCGCAUGUCUGAGAGGUGCGGUCGCACCGCCAUGGGCGAAGUUAUCCGACGCUGGCCCUUCGAUGGAGAGACGGCUACGGCGGAGGAUUUCGAGCUCGUCAUCAGGGAACCGGCGCUGACGGGUGAUUCGCUCGGCUUCAAGACCUGGGGCUCGUCCUAUGUUCUCUCCCAGCAUUUGCCCAAGCUGGCCGAGACGUCGCUGUUCCGGCUGUUCGACGAGACUCUGGGACAACCCCGUCCUGAUGUUCUCGAACUGGGUUCCGGAACAGGCCUGCUUGGACUCGCGGCGGCUGCGCUCUGGAAGGUCCCCGUGGCGUUGAGCGACCUGCCAAAUAUCGUGCCAAAUUUGAGGGACAAUGCUUCCAAGAACGAGAGUCUGAUUGAGGCUCGUGGUGGUUCCCUGAAAGUUGGACCCCUGACCUGGGGCGGCAGCGAAGAUGAGAUCGACCAAGCAUUGUUUGGAGAAUUGUAUCAGUUCAAGAUUGUCCUGGCAGCCGACCCCAUGUACGACGACGACCACCCAGCGCUCCUCGCCUCAGCCAUUUGCGAUCACCUCGCCCUGGGAUCAGAGUCGCGUGCCGUCGUCAUGGUGCCCAAGCGCGACGCCACCACCGUGCGCCUCCUGGAGGCCUUCAAGCAGGCCAUGAUGGACCUGGAGACGCCGCUCUUCUGCGAGGAGGAGGACGAGCUCGCCGGCCAAGAUGACUGGGUCCAGGAUGAGAACGCUGGCCAGGUCAAGUGCUGGCUGGGCAUUUUCUCACGCGGCGGGUCGCCGCUGACUGAUGUCAGUGACGAGAUGUCGUGA